AGUCCGGUGUUCAAAAUGGGGGCAUGUGCGUCUAGAGAACGCCCUUCCUGGAUUCAUGACAAUUUUGAGGUAAGAUCCAUAUUACGCUGCUGUUGCUAAGGCGUCAGGUUUUCGAUCUAACACAAUAAAUAGAAAGUAUGUUUUAGCUAAGUAUCGGAAGGUCCCUCUUACGUUAAUCAUACGUUGGAGGUAUUGCGAAUGGGCUAUGGCCUAAUAAAACCCGCUGACCUUCGCGUGUGUAAUGGUAUAGGGUGUAAGUGGAUGCCUCUGAAAUGGAUGAGAUGGUGAUGAUUGCUGACCUUGGUGUGUGUGGUGGUGUAGCCUGGCUCGGUGGAGGGGAGGACUACCUUGUGCUCUCGCACUGCUGGGGCCGCCCAACGGCAGAAGAGAAGAAGCAGUUCUGCACUACCAGCGAAAACUACGGACCUCGAAAACGGGGCUUCAGCUACGACGAGCUGCCGAAGACAUUUCAAGACGCAGUUCAGGUGACUCGAGCGUUGCAGAAGCAGUACCUCUGGAUCGACGCUCUCUGUAUCAUACAGGAGGGACCCGACUGCGACUGGGAGAGCGAAGCUAAGGUCAUGGCAGAUAUCUUUGCCGGCGCCUACUGCACCAUUGCCGCGAGUUCAGCAACUGGCUGGGGAGAUGGGUUCCUGGAGUUACAGUCGGAUCCUCCGGACAUUGGAGCACAAGACACUCCAAGCACACCGACUGGGUGUACGUGUGAUUUCUACAAAGAUGUAGAUGAGGGUGCCCUUAUGAAGAGGGCUUGGGUACUGCAGGAACGGGUGCUUUCCCGUCGGAUCAUCCAUUUUACCGCGGCGCACACAUACUGCGAGUGUGGAGACGGAGUGCUGUGUGAACAGCUGACAAAACUGACCCCGCCAUAUGGAAAAAAAUACUUCAUCCUCGAUCCCAGCUUUCCGAGUAGACUCCGCGAGAGCGGGUAUAUACGAACCGUCGAGUUCAUCCAAUUCCUCUUUGAGAGAUAUUCAACAUCCGGCCUUAGCUAUGCAACCGACAGGGAUGUUGCGAUUCACAGCCUGGUCAAGCAUAUGGGACAAGUACUAGGGACUGACGGCAGAUACGGCAUCUUCCGUUGCUUCUUUGGUCACCUUCUCCUGUGGAGGCGAACUACUGAGAACAAGACACCCCAAAUCGACUACAAGAGAUUUGUACCGUCGUGGUCUUGGAUGGCAUAUCCCGGAGGCAUCAGUUUUAUCUGCGAAGCGAGGAGGCGUCUAAAGGUUGCCCGCCUCAAGGACCUUAACUUUACCGACGAGGGAAAGGCGCUAAACGUCCAAGUGAGGAAGUUUG